AUUAGCGGUAAUUUCGGUGAUUCUAUGCACCCGAAUUUUCCUGUUAUUAGCUUCCACUGCCUUUAAAGUGAAAGAAGGAGUUACUUUCAGUUUGUUUUAAGAGAACAUGUGCGCUAGGAGUAGGAUUUUAAAUUAUGACAUCUAACGAAGUUUUAUUGACAAGCGAGACCACGGGACAGCUGUGGAAUGUCUGUGUUUGGGACGUGGAGUCGGGAACCAGUAUCGUGACGUAUAAAGGCGGUACAAGUGUCCCCCGUGGCCUGGCCGUAUUAGGACAACAGUACCUUGUCAGUGCAUCUCCCACAAAACCAGUGUUAACAUUGUGGCCUCUACAUAAAAGGGACACCACGUGUAUUAAGAUGGUGUGUCCAGGGAAUGUGACGGCCCUGGACAUCACGGAGGAUGGGGAUUACUGUGUAGCAGCCAUCGCUGAGAAAAUCUACAUAUGGCAGACGUGUACAGGACGCCUGCUUUGUGUGUUAAGCAGACAUUAUCAGACUGUCACCUGCUUGAGGUGUUCCUCGGGUUUGAUUGUGUCGGGGGGAGAGGACAGUCUCGUCAUCGUCUGGUCAUUAGGAAAAGCCUUGUGUGAACAGUCACAAAGCAGGACCCCGGUGUCACCUGAUCAGGUGUGGUCCAGUCACUCCCUGCCAGUUACAGACCUCCAUAUUGGGGUGGGGGGACACCUGGCCAGAGUUGUCUCCUCCUCCCUGGAUCAGACUUGUAGGCUGUAUGAUGUUAACAGCGGGGAAGUGCUGUGUACAUUUGUGUUUGAGGUGGCCAUAUGUUCUGUGGUACUGGAUUCAGCAGAAUUCCGCUUAUUUGCAGGGAGCAGUACUGGUUCAAUAUAUGCAGUCAAUUUAUUUGAGACACCAGUGAGAAGAGAGAGGCACAUAACGGAAGACAAAGCCUGUCAACGGUUUGAUGGUCAUGAAAAACAGGUGAGCUGUCUGUGUGUUUCAAUGGAUGGAUGCCAACUUGUGUCGGGGUCAAAUGACCACAAUGUGAAAAUCUGGGAUGUCUUCAGUGGACAGUGUUUGAGAACUAUAGAACACAAAGGGCCACUGACAAACGCAUUACUGACUAUGGUACCUCCUGGUAUUGCGAACCCCGACAUCAAAAGUAAGCUCCCCCUCCAGACAUUCCAGAGGGUGUUCCACUUGGACUCCCAGGAGGAGAAUAGCAAGGUGGAUCUGAACGUCCUUCUCCGCGGAGCUAACGAUGAACCAGAGGAAGUAGAGGAUAUCCUGAAACCUAAUUCAGAGAUACUUUUGGAUCUCAAUUACAGAACAAAAGAUACUGAGGUAAAGUUUGUUCAUUUAAUUAUUCUACUGACAGCUGUGCGCUCAAACAAGGUCAGACAACUCCUGGGGGGUGGGGGUCCCCGAUGGCUGAUAUUUAUCACAUGGUGCUACAUCGAAACAUUCCAUGCCCUCGUAUGGACGUUUGUUUUGGAAACAAGGUGACAGACGGCAGUAUGCAAAUUUGGCGUUAUAAAGGGGGAUUCAAGCCUAAAUGGCAGAUUAUCUUUAGUAUACAUAUAUAUCCCAUGCUUGUAUCAUUUCUCUGUUUACUAAUUUCAUGUUGGUGAUGAUGGGGGAUGUGUUGAAAUAUUCACACAACCCCAUCACACAUCAUCACCAUUGUUUUAUCAAUAUUUUGGUAUGUACAUGUAAAUGACGAAUCGCAUAUGUAUGUUAUUGUCAUAACCAUAACACGAUUCUGAUUUAUUAAUGUAAAAUAGGAGACGGAUUUAUAUAAGUACUAGCACUUGUUUCCGAAUCCUGUUAAUUUUGCAUCUGUUUGUAUGUUUCAUGUAAUGCUUCAUUUAAUAAAUAUAGUUUAAACCAAGGGGGAUUCAUAUAACAGGAGAAAUGUUCCCGACAAGACAUGGCAGUAUCGUGAUAAUGGCGAUGAAUCGAAUGGUGAUAACUCUAGAAUCAGUGGUAUGAGUAAAUAUGACUUCAGGCUUCAAGACGGUCUUACUUGUAGCAUUGCUUUCCGUUGUCAUAAUAGACAUAGAAAGCAUUGUGAUGUACCGAGAAAGGAUAUUUUUAUGUACAGUGCUAUUUUGAUUGAACACCUUGUUGUAAGAUGUGUUAUAAUGGAUACAGUAAUUAAAUGUUCCAUCCAUUUAUUACAGGAACUGCUCACUCUUUCUCUCUCUUUCCUUACAGAACAUGGACGUGGACCAUGCCUCUUUACAGGAAGUGCCAAAAAGGACAAUUAUUUCAGAUGAUUCAGAACUUUUAAAACUAAAAAAUGCAAACAAAGAAUUAUUUCAUUUUGCAGUUAGUAGUCUUUUGCAGAAUAAAGAUAAAUAAACUGA